UCAACGUGAAUGAAUUGGUAAAAAGUGUCGAAGAAGAAGCUAGGAUUUUUGCAAAAAAUAUCUAUUUUUCCUUGAAGAAAAUUUUAUUUUUACAAAUAUUUUUAAAAGUCUAAAUGAAUUAGUCCAACUUCCGUGGUCAUUAUGAAUCGCCAAUUGGUGGAAAAUAUAUUGGGCGUCAUAAAGACAUCGACGGACAAGGCAGUCAUUGUUAAGGGCCUUACGAAAUUGCGUACAGAUGUGGUCAAAGAUAAAAAUGGUAUUAUUUUGUUUCGGGAAGCGGGUGGAGUUGCUCCGAUGGUUAGAUUUCUAAGUAAACCCCAUGAAAAGAUAUUGGAAGUGGCCUUGUCGAUAAUGGGUAAUUGUUGUACAGAUGAACAAAGUUGUAGGGAGGCUCUGGAAAAUAAAAUUGCCAUACCAUUGGCCACUAUUUUGAAAUCCAUACCCAAUCCGGUAAUACAAUGCAGGGCUUGCCGUCUCCUUGGCAAUUUGGCCAAAGUGGAUACCAACCAAUUACUGUCUACCCAUUGUCCUGCUAUAGCCCAAGCUUUGUGUCGCAUCAUUGAGGACACUUCUGAUGUACAGACACGCAUGAUGGCUUUUCGUUCUUGUCGUUUCCUUUUGUCCAACCCUCAGUUUUUGAAACACUUUCUGCAAUCCUCAGGUUUUACCAUACUAUUGCGGAUACUGAGCGCUAUAAUGAAAAACGAAUCGAAUACAGAUACCGAGGAAAAAUUGUUGUGUGAUGCACAAGCCCAGUUGAAGGUGGGCCUUAAACGCAAUCAACAUCGUGAAAAAUACUUCGAGGAAGUUGCCCGUAACUUGGAGGGUGUUCGUAGUGAUAUAUUCGAUCAUGAGGUUUUGAAAAACUCCACACGCACUUCCAAUGCCUAUAUUAUACCUCAAGAGCAGGCAGCUUUGGACUUGGUUUGUGAAAUUUUAAAAUGUCUUCUGGUUAUUUCGGAGUUGCAAAUAAAUUCAUUGGUGUGGGAUUCAUUAAAUCGUGCUCACUGCACUCUAGCGCCCAUUGUUCACUUUAUUACGGACGAAAAGAAAAGUAAACAUCGUAGUGCAGCUCUUAAAAUACUCUCGAAUUUAUCUAAGAAUCAGGGAGCAUUUUAUAUUUUAAGUUCGGCUGAUGCUAUUUUGGCAGCUUGUGAACUUUUGGUGGCCGACGAAGAUCUCAGCGAAAGUGAACGUAGACAUUGUAUUCAUAUUAUCAGCAUACUGUCUACGGAUGCCUGUAAUCGUUCCAAGAUAAGGCGAUCGGGAGCCCUUAGGAAAUUCAUAGUUAUGAUUAAGGAUACAGUGUCACCGGCAGAAAAGGCUUCUAUUUUGAAUGUCCUAAUAAACUUCCAAUAUGAUAAUAUGAGCAUGGAUUUAAUGAUGCGUGAAGGUCUGGUCUUAGUUCUUGUCAAAGAGCUUAACAAUUAUUUGACAAGUGACGAGGAAUAUUACAAAAAGAAACGGGAAGAAAAACUGCAAUCGGAAAGCAAGAAAAGAAAGCUACCAGAACUCGUUAAAGAAUCCAAAUGCAAGUUUGCCAAAGUGCGAGAGGAAAACUAUUUGGACAGUGAUUCACCCAGUAGUUCACCUCGAUCGUACAAUAUCCCAUCAAGUCCUUGCAGUUCACGCAGCAUGUCACCAGUCAGUGGCGGUCAUGUGUAUAAACCAAACAAUGGUGAUUCCGAUGAAGAGUCCUAUUCACCUGUCUGCAGCGAUGAAGAAGACGACGAUGAAGAAAAUGAACCCGCCAGAGACACCUCCAGCCAUCUCUACAAUAAUCCCAAUGCUAAUAGCAAUGAUCACACAAUAAUAAUGAAUCUUUUAGAUUUGGCAGCUCGUUCAGAAGAAGACAGUAUUCUAAUAGAGGAUGAAGAAGAAGUUAGCCAAGAUGUACCUGCCCUCAAAUUGCCACAAUUGGGACAUCUGCCCCACAAUACCAUUGAUGUUAUUGACAAUUUGCUUUUCCGGGUAACAUUUUUGCUUAAGAAAAGCAUUGAUCUAGGAAAACCUGAAACAAUGAAUACUCUUAUUAAGGCUUUGAAUAUGUUUGGGGCUAAUACCGAUUUUGCAGGAUCAUUAACAAAUAUAUUAUUAGAAAGUCAGUUUUUUGGUAAUGUCAUAAAACAGGGAAUAUCUCAUCAAUUAUACCAACUGACAAAAGUAAAGGAGACCAGCAAAGAUGGUUUUGGUUUCUUGGAAACCUUGACCUCGGUCAGUGAGUGUAAUUAUGGCAAGGAAGAAUUGGCCCGUUUGCUGCGCAGCGAUGAUGUUAUAUCACAAAAACGUGCUGCCAUUACUGUGGGCUAUUUAAUUAGAAGUAAACCAUUGCUGUAUCAAUUCCUUAACGAUGGCAAUGCCUUGACAUUACUUUUGGGUAUCAUAUUAAGUGCAAAAGAUGAUGAAUUUACUGCUGAGGCAGUGGACUCCCUGACCUGUAUGUCGCGCUAUACAUUGGGUAUCCAUGUGCCACAAUUAGAUGUGGAAAAACGCUUAGAUGAAUAUGAAGAAUUUGUGGAGAAUGCCGGACAAUCUCUACAGAAAGAGGACUGUGAUAUGCGUUUUGUGGUACAUGCACCACACAAUAAGGAAAAUGAAAAUUCCAAUGGCAUUGCUGCCGAUGACAAUGCAGAAACAACCACUGCCGUUGCUUUUAAUAAGGCCAUGCUUUGUUCGACCAGUGAAGUUUUCAAUACAAUGUUAAACAGUGACUUUCGUGAGGGUAACGAAGGUGAAAUACAUUUGCGCAACUAUACUGUGAGCGGUCUACGUUAUUUCCUCAAUCUGAUUGUGAGGCAAUCGAAGAAGCAAAAAUACAAUAUACCACCUGUUAAUCAAUAUCAUGCCCUAUUGGAAGCUUUUGAAAUGUCGCGCGUCUAUAUUAUACCCGAAAUGGAGCAAUUUGUAUUGGACCUAUUGAUUGCUUUGUUGGAUGAAACCAAUUGUUUAAAUGUCCUGGAAUGGUCGAUGAAAAACUAUCAUGUGGAAUUGACAGAGAUGGCCAUAAAUUAUUAUUUGUGUUCAACAAUAAGUACUGAAGCUAAGGUUAAUCUCUUUCGGACUGCGGACUAUUCGACAUAUUCGACCGAAUGGUUUCAAAUGAUAAUGGAAGCUAUUUUGGCCAGAUGUCGUAAUGGUUUUUAAUUUCAUAUAUCUCUCAAGCUUUCUCUCUCUCUCUCGCUAUAUUUUUUAUACUCUGUUACAAUUUAAUGUGUGAUUAUUAUUAUAAUUAAAUAUUAGAAUAUAUUUAGAAUUCGGUAGAUAUUUAAGAAUUGAGUGAAAACAAAACUUUAUUCAAAAUAAAUGU